AUGAAGAUGUUCCUCUUCUUAUUAUUUCUCUCCUUUCUUUCCAUUGUGUUAGCUGAUAUUCGAGUGGGCUUCUACACUCCACGUGCCCACAACUCCACGUGCCCACAAGCAGAAUCCAUCAUCAAAGGAGUGGUGCAAAAGCACUUCACCACGUAUCCUUCCAUCACAGCAGCCUUCCUUCGCAUGCAUUUCCAUGACUGUUUGGUUAGAAUAAAGAUAUUCGGUUGUGAUGCGUCGAUACUAAUAGAUUCAAACAAGAAGAAGACAUCAGAGAAGGCCGCUGGACCAAACCUAACAGUCCGAGGAUUCGAGAUCAUCGACGAAGCCAAGAAAAGCUUAGAGAAGCAAUGCCCAUCAACCGUCUCAUGUGCAGAUAUAAUAACCAUAGCAACUAGAGAUGCAGUUGCCUUCUCAGGCGGACCAAAGUAUUUAGUGCCCACUGGGAGAAGGGACGGGCUAGUCUCGAACGUAAGUGAAGUGAGAUUACCUGGUCCUGCAUCCUCCAUCUCACAAGCAUUGCAAGAUUUCACAGCGAAAGGGCUUACUCUAAAUGACAUGGUUAUUCUUUUGGGUGCACAUACAGUUGGUGUAGCUCAUUGCGGGUUCUUUCAGUACCGACUCUUGAAUUUUAAUGGGACGGGUAAACCAGACCCUUCCAUGGAUUCUAAUCUAGUGGCUCAGCUUACUAAAACUUGUGGGAAGAAAUCAAGGCCAUUGAAAAAGGAACCAACUGCAUUUUUGGAUCAAAAUACAUCAUUUGUGAUCAAUAAUCAAUAUUACAAUCAGCUUGUUUUGAAGAGAGGGAUACUUCAGAUAGACCAGGAGCUUACUCUGGAUAGGUCUACAGCUGGUAUAGCAUCUAGCUUUGGGUCGGAUGGAGCUGGGUUUCUUGAGAAUUUUGCUGAUGCCAUGGUAAAACUGGGGAGUUUUCAAGUUUUAGUGGGGAAUGCUGGAGAGAUUAGGAAGAAUUGCGGGGCCUUCAAUUAACCCAUUUCAAUAUCUAAAUUCUGAAAUGACUAAAAGAAGGGUUUAUUGAUAUUUUAUGUCCGACUGCAACUGUGUGCAAUGUAGAAAAUAAUUACA